CAAGCUCCUAUCCCUUUGCUAAAAUUAUUUCCAAUUGAGGACGCAAACGCAACUGGUCAUAAAUCGAGCCGCCGGCGUCGUUUCAAGAUGGUCUUUUAUUUCAAGAGCAACAUUGUUCAGCCACCUGCCAUGCUGUACAUGGGCCGCGACAAGCACGAGAAUGAGGAGCUCAUUCGCUGGGGCUGGCCCGAAGAUGUUUGGUUCCAUGUACACAACUUGUCGUCGGCACACGUUUAUCUGCGUUUGAAGAAAGGCCAGACCAUCGAUGAUAUACCCACAGAUGUACUUGUUGAUGCCGCCCAGCUUUGCAAGGCGAACAGCAUCCAAGGCAACAAAGUGAACAAUUUGGAAAUUGUCUACACUAUGUGGGAGAAUCUGAAGAAAACGCCGGACAUGGAGCCCGGUCAGGUUGCCUAUCACGACGAGAAAGCUGUGCGCAAGAUACGACUUGAGAAGCGUGUCAACGAAAUAAUUAACCGCUUAAACAAAACCAAAACAGAGGACGAACAUCCCGACUUUCGUGGACAGCGUGAGGCACGCGAUGCCGCCGACCGUCAAGAUCAGAAACGUCUGCAGCGCGAGCUGCGCGAAAAGGAGAAGGAGGCUGCCAAGCAGCGUGAGCUGGAGGCGGAACUGCGUAGUUAUGCAUCGCUACAAAAGCCCGAGAAUAUGCGCACCAACUACGACGCCGGCAACGAAUCCGACGACUUCAUGUAGGUGGUGCCGGUAUGAAGUGACUAGCGUAGCAUUUCAAUAUAAUUUUUAUAUAUAUUGUACAUGUAUAUUAAGUGCUAUUUUUUUAAAAUCGUUAAUUAAACAAAUUUUCUACUGUGAAA